CCCUCCAGUCGUGGAAGCAGGUGGAACUAACUGAGCUACAACUAGCCGCAGUUGCUUCCUCGAGCCAUGUCGAACGAACCGAUUCUCGGAGGUGUCUCCCAGUUGCAGGGGGAGGCGUUGAAAGAGGCCCUGGAGCUGUUGGAGUCGUCCCUGGCGAAGUUGGAGGCCACCGAUGGUCUCGCCUACAAGGCCGCCAACGUGACCUCUGUGACGGGGCAGACGGUCGCCGGAUCCCUCUACACCUACGAGCUGGAGCUGCAGAGUGGCUCGGAGACUAAACCAGCCACCGUGACCAUUUGGCACCGCAUAUGGCUAAAGGAGAACGGAACCAACAUCAAGAUCCACUCUGGGGGUGUGGUGCAGUUGGAUCGGACUUGGUGAACGCCAGAUAAGAAUCUGGGUGAUAAGAAUCGGGCCAAUAAUAGUUUCUUGGUGUUCCAAGAACUAAACAAGUUACAACUCAAGUAGUAUAUGGCUGUAUGAAUAAAAUAAUAAAAGCGAGCAAGUUAGUAA